UUUUUUUUUUUACGUAAGAUAAUAUUACACGUAUAAUACAACAAUCACAUUAUCAAUAGCAAAUAUUUAUAAUCAGCGAAAGUAUUUUAACGUUGAUAAAACAAGAUAUCAUACGACUACAAAUAUACAACUAGAUAACCGUAAUAGCGUUUUCAUCUGACUGUAAUAGUGUACACUACACGCAAACACUGAUACCAUAAUCACAUAAUUUUACACACCGUUAAAAUUUACGGUAUCGGUCAGUGUACACCAGUGUACACUAUUACAGCCAGAUUUUUUUGAGGUUAGGUUGCAAUAAUUAUCAAUAAUAAUACUCUUAUAACCACAAAAUGUGAACACUUUAUUGAUGGUUGAUAAACCCAACGUUCUAUCUUAUCUAUGUAAAUCUAUUAUACAGCACUUAUCUUCUAUACCGUAAACACAGUCGUGUAAUUGUAACGUAUUAUUUUAUUUUAUUUAAACAAAACUUAGCAAAAAGAAAACAGCUUAUGUGAUAGUAACUAAAAGUGAGAGUUGAGAAACCGUCUUUUACCGUCAUUUCUAUUUUAAUGUUUUUUUUUAUUUUAUGUAAUCCAAAAAAAAUCUUUAAGUCUGUAAGCACGGCUUUACAUAGAAUUUCUAUCUAAAGUCGUACCUGUAAGAUAUAACGUUCAUAGUAAUAUUAUAAAACUAUAAUAUCAUCAUUACAACGAUAAAUUCUAUUCUAUUUCAUUUUUGUUUUAAAAAAAAGAAGUAUUCAUGUUAAAUUUAUAAAUAGCAAUAACAAAAAUAGUACAUACAUGACUUGUGGAAAUUGAAGUAUUGGAAGUAUUGAAGUAUGAUGGCUGGUCUCUAUUUUGUUAGAGUUGUUUUGACAAUCUUUUGAGUGGUUGCUAUUUGUUGAAGAAGUUUGAUAAUUUGAUGGUUGGCUGUUUGGUAGAGAAGACUGUUCUGCUGUUGACUGCUCUUGGAACUGCUGGUGCCGGAACUGAUAACGAUAAGCUAACAAAUUCUGUGUUUUAUACCCGAAAAUAACCCUCUCUUCUCUCAUUAGAAAUUUUUUUUAAAGAUGGAUUUAAGCAUUUUAAUUUAUUUCAUAUCCUGUUUUCAUAUUAUAAUGGCAUUGACAUUUAGUUAAUGUAAUAACAUUUGGCUGGUCAUGUUGACAAAAAUUUAAAUUCAUAUAAUGUAAUUGGGUUUUUUGGGAAUGAAUGUAUACAUUCUAAUGUAUUUAAAAUUCAUAUAAUUUGCUGUUGUAUAUGAACAUGAUCCAACAGGUUUCUAAGGUAAGGUUAUUAUAGUUAUGUAUUCAAUGAGGGUAUUGCUUAUGACAAAUGAUAAAUGUCAUAAACAUUUGACUGGUUAUGUUGACAACAAUUUAAAUUCAUAUAAUGUAAUUGGUUUUUUGGGAAUGAAUGUAUACAUUCUAAUGUACUUAAAAUUCAUAUAAUUUGCUGUUGUAUAUGAACAUGAUCCAACAGGUUUCUAAGGUUUCUAUAAAAUAAGGUUAUUAUAGAAAUGGAACCAAGCCAUUGCUAUGGACAUUUGUAUAUUCAAUUAUUGAAGUAGUGGUAAAAUCUGUAUAUAAAAGACAGAGGGAAUUCACUAAUAUUCACCAGUCUUCAAGAUUUCAUCCCAGGACAAGAAGCUCAGUUCAGCAGAAAUAUCUAACGAAAAAAAGAAAAUGUCGUACCGUACAAUUGCUUCAACUGAUUCAGAGAAUGAACAUUUCAGCGAAUCAAUUGAUAUGAGACCGUCUUUUUCAAAAACAAAACCUGGUACAAAACGUGCUGCAGAAAAACCAAGUGUGAAAAAACCUAUGAAAAAGAAGCAGAAUAAAAUGAAUGCAUCAUACAGAGAUAAUGUAAGCGAACGUUUAAGAUCAGAAGAAUUUGAUGUUGAGAUAUUUAAUUCGCUAACAUUUAGACAAGGGGAUGGUGUUGUAACAAUAAAAACGCCUUUUGAAGAAAAAUCCAAGGAGUAUUGGGUGUUAAGCCACUAUAAGGUCGCCAACAUUGAGAAUGUGCCAGUAAAGGACAGAUGGAAGUUCAGCGAAGCUACUGUUAGAUAAGUUAGAUUGUACACAAGCGAUGAAUCAAAAGAUCAAACACUUCAUACUGGACUCAAUGAGACAAUGCAAACUAUAUUUGAUAAAUUACUAACUGAUCCGAAGCGUCAAAC